AUGGUAAUCAGAUGGAAGGACAAGGAAGCAGUGCUUGGAGGAAAAAGACUAAUGUUUGAGGAUGAGAUUAUCAAUGCGGGGAGGUUUGGGAGAUGGGCUGUUGUUUGUACCCGGACGGGGAUCCAUUUCUACGGGGAAGAGGACAUGACUCUGAAACGGCCAAUAAAGGCGGCUUUUGUAAAGAGGGAGGGGGUUUACUACCAGAACAGGGAGAACAGUCAUGUGAUGUUUGUUUCACACCCGCUUGAGCCCGAGGUGUUUGUAUUCUUUGAUCACGGGUUUUCCUUAAAGGAGGUUAUAUCGGGAGAGAUGAUCCUGGAGGGUGCGGGGGGAUAUCUCCUGAAGAACGUUGCAAUUGAGAAGAUUGAUAUCCAAGAUGUGAUGGGGUGGUCUUCCUGCUCUGAUGCGGCCGAUGAGAUCAACAGGGCCCGAAUGCUAAUUGCGCAUAAGGUAGGGAGGGGAAUGAGGUGCCUUGUUGAGGAUUACGAAGGGAAUGGAAGGCACGAAAGGGGGAUAGGCAUGGACAUUGUAGACUAUGACAGCUUGAUGGUGGGUGUGCACGGGAAUACAGCGUUGUUUAUCAGACCUGGAAGCAGCAGAGGGGGUGUGAAGAGAAGUAAGCUAUUGUCUGAGACGAGUGUGAGGUUCGAAACGGAAGCUGGGUGUCCUAUAAAGUAUAGGAUGAGAAUCUCGAAGGACAAGUGGCUCGAGUUUUUGAGGAUCAACGACACGUUGUUUCUCGGAAACGAAGUUGUAUGCUCUCCAAUCAGAAGGGAUCUGUGGCCUAAAUCGAGGCUUUCAAGAAGAUGGAAGCAGGACUACUACAAGCCCUUUUGGAGGGGAAUAAAUGAGUUAGAAAGGAAUGUGCUUUCGUGCUAUCCAAAGGCCAUGCAAAGAGUAUUUAUGAGCGCUUUUUUCCAAAGCAAGAAGAAGAGGUUUGAUCUGCUGGAGCACACAGAGGAUGUUGUGGCCGAGGUUGAUAAGGUCCUGGAAGAGUGGCUUGCAAAGUGCAGAAGUGUGUGGGAGUUUUUGGACAUGGGCAUUCCGCAAAUUGAGGGGCUGAAGACUGUAUCUAUGUGUAAGGAGCUGAUUAGCUAUACACAUGCCUCAUUUGCAGGCAGCAAGGAUGUGCUGAAAAUGAAGUACAGAAGGAUCAUAAGAUGCAAUCUGGAUGCAAUUGUAAAUCUGAGGUACUCUGAUGUGAUGAGUCUUGGGUACAGAGUGAUUUACAUGGAGAUGAAGAAAGGAGAAGUACUUAGGAGCACGAGGCCUGUAAGAUCUGUCAGGAAGCUGUGUAAAAUUGCCGAGAAACACUUUGGAGAUCCCCGAGUGGAGGAAGUGCUUUCUUUGUUUGACGAGAAGCCGAUAAUCUUUGAGAUUGAUGAAUAUGAUUUGGAGAACAAGAGAGAAAAAGGAUACAUCCUUCGAAUGAUAUCAAACAUAGGAAAGGCCUAUCUAUUCUGCGGUCUGGGUGCAAUCAAAAAUAGAUAUGGCUCUGAGCAGCUAAGGUUUCCGAUCUACAAGAAUGGAGAGCUGGGUGAGAUUGAGAUCAAGGAGAGCGGCUGGACGGAUUGGCCCUCAUUCAACUAUUCUGUGUAUAGGGGCUGUGGACUGAGUUCUCAUGAUGAGGCAACGCAUGACUUUAUAGAGUCAAGGAUUCUUGAAUUUACAUCCACGGGAGUGGGAAAUGAGUUUGAGGUGGCCGGGAGGGUAUUUGCAUUUGGGCUUCAAGGCCGGCUGGGAGAGAUUCAUCCCCAGGGUGUUGCAAGGCUUGUUAUGCCGAAGCAUCCCGUGAUAUCCAUGGCUGUCCUGGCAGGGACUGGGAUCAGCCACAUUGGAAAAAGAGAUGAUAUAUUGGGAAAGAUGUACUUACACUAUCUUAAGUCUCCACAGCCCCUAUACAUUCACGUUGGAUGCAUUGUUGGGCUUGGAAUGUUGUAUGCAGGAAGCGGGAAUGUACUUAUCAAGAAUGCCCUGCAAGAAGAAGCAAAUAGGGAGGGCGUUUUCAAGAAUGAGCAAUACAACAGAGGAAACAAGAUAUGGUACGACUACACAUACAGAGUCAUGGCAUCCCUUUCCAUAUCGAUGCUGUAUGUGAAGACCAGUCUCGACAUCUUCAGGUUCAUAGAGCUGAAAGACUCUUUCUGUGAACUUCUUGCGAAUGGAAUUAUUCUGUUUGGCAGCAAGCAGAUGAGGUUUCGAAAUAGGCUCAGGAGGUCUGAUGCAAACAGGCCUGAAGAGGUCUUGUACUCUGAGCUGUUUUCUCUUGGGCUAGAAAUGAACGAGCACCUAGACUCGAUUGUCAGGGAAGUGAGGACGAAAGCUGCGAAUGCAAGCCUCCAUGAACUUUACAGAUUGUCUGGAAGGAUGCUGUACAUAUCUGUUUAUAUGCUCUACAAGGGCAUCUCCCCAGACUUCAACGGAAGUCUCUUUAAGGCCAUUGUAGAUGUAUGUCUUCUUGCAGAAAGAGCCAUGAAGAGUAAUGAUGAGACCAAGAUACUUUUUGACACAUCUCUUGUGGCACUUUCGCUGAUAUCAAACUCGUCUUGUAAUCUCGAUGUCAUCAGAAUCCUGAGGAGGCAGAUCAAGGCAACAGAGACAGGAAAGUCUCUGUCCGAGAAAAUGGACUUCUUCUUCACGUCUAGCACAUGCAAGCAAGAGGUGCAGCUCUCCAUGAGGUACGGAGAUGUUGAAAGAUACAAGCUGUGCCUUGGGAUAGUGGCCUGCGGGAUGGGAAAUCUAAGGAUUGUAACCUCCUACCACCUAGUCUUUGAUGUGAUAUCCACGUUCUUUGUCUGCUUCCCGAUUUCCCCCGUGGACCAGGAAUACUUCAAUAUGGCAAGGUACUUCCUUCUCCUCUCACUAAAGGUGAACCCUGAAGGAUUCAGAAACACAACGAGCUACCUUAAGCAAGGCAACAGAAGAAGUAAGAGGAAGUUGAGGGCAGACAUGUCUAGAAUCAAUAAGACCUUCUUGAAAGAGUAUUCAGAAGCAUCAGAUGCAGACAAGAAGUUCAUCAUCGACGUACUGACAGACUUUUACGAGCAGUAUGGUGGCAGGGACAACCUCCUUGAUGUUGAGAUGCUGAAGAACAUAGCCUGUAGAAUCAACUAA